AGAAACAAAUACAGUAAUUAGACGAGCCGGGCGCAAUAGGUUUAUAGCUGAUAAAUCUCUUUUGCAAACCUUGAGGAGAUUUAAUAGCAAAUUAUUGGAAGCUGUCACUACGAAGCUUUGUAGCGCGCAAAUUUUCCAAAAACUUAAAAUUAUUUUAAAUCAGUCAAAAUGGAGACCAAAACAUCACCGUUUCUCCUUACCAAGGAUCAACUAUCAAAAAUAUUGCAUGAAAUUCCUGCCGGCUACAUAAAACCCACGGACCCGCUUCUUGUUGCCACAAUGCCGCCCUUACCACCUUACCAAAAGCUUGGAGUGCUUGUCGAACGUGACGAUAUUGUAGACGCUGGCCAGUCUACCAUAUCCAGUCAAAGCUGUAACAAGAACAUUCCGACUAGCGUAACACAAUCCUACACCUGUGCCGAGUGCAAACGGACUCUUCCCACAGCGCACCUGUUGGACCUGCACAUCACAGAGCAACAUGACACGUACUUUGCAGCUAGCGUGGAACGGGGCGAUAAGCCUAUGUUUUCCUGUUACCUCGAGGAAUGCACAUUUAAAAUGCACACGGCGAAAGAGCGCAAGGAUCACUGUAUAACUGUACAUAAGUUUCCUCCGAACUAUCGAUUCGAUCAGUCCAAAUCAAAGGCCUAUCACGAAAAGAGCAGGAACGAGGCAUCAAUGGAUGUUGACGAGCUGGCCGGACCAACUCACAACAAAAUCCCAUACAUCAAAGCUUUCAGCUUCGGCCAUUACACACAGAGAACCUUCAACACCCGCAGGGAGCGACGCGAACCCGGCACCACUCUGCUCGACGUACAGGAUAUGAAAGAUGCACUAGAGGACAUGGACUAGGAGAUGGAUAGUAAUAGUACUUGUAGUUAGGGUUCUAUUUAUUAUGCGAAAGAAACAUCAAUACAUUAUAUGAAAGCAUGUGUUAUUAGUGUACUUGCGGAAACCUUGAACAUCAUUUAGCCUUUGAGGUGGAUCUAGAAUAGAAGUAAAACAUUGUGUUGUAUAUAUAGUUUAUAUGCAUGUUUUUGUAUCAUUAAUUUCGAGGACUGUUUCGACUUACUUGCCCGUGUUGGCAUUAAUGUAGUGAUAGGCCACAACCAGCAGAAAAAGAAAUACACCCAAAACGUUGGAGAAUAUAGCCAAUUGUACGUCACUGAUCAUUUUUAAGUCGAGUCAAUACUGU